AUGGCAAUUAAUGCUAAAAAAACUAAGGACAUGUGGAUCUCUUUCACGGACGCUAUACCUGAACCACCACGUCUUCGUAUUGGAAAUGAGUUAAUAGAAAGGGUCAACGCUUUUAAAUUACUUGGCGUGUCGUUCCAAAAUAAUCUAAAAUGGAACGCACAUGUUGAAGAGAUUACACGUAAAGCAAAUAAACGCCUUUACCAUCUUAGAGAAUGCAGGAAAUCGCAGUUACCAGCUGAAGUCGGUAUUAUUACCUAUCAAUCCAAAAUAAGACCAAUUCUCGGGUAUGCAUCACCUGUCUGGGCGGGACUGCCUAAUUACCUGCGAGAUGAAAUAGAGCGGGUUCAAUCCAGGAGCUUAAGAAUCCUUGGCCUGGAAAAAGAUUACCUACCACCGCUGAACGAAAGAAGGGAAGAGGCAACUAGUCGAGAAGUUGAUAGGUUUAUGAACGAUCCAAACCAUCCCUGUCGCAGUGUUUUGCCAAAAUUAAUUAACAAUCGGUACAAUUUAAGGAACAUUGACCGGAAUCGCAAUAUAUCAUUCUUCUCAGGAACUGAAAGGCAUAAACAUUCUUUUUCAGGAAGAGCUUGUAAAUAUGUAUAA